AUGGGGGAUGAGGACUGGUGGCGGCAGCGUUCAGGGCUCAUUCUCUCCCAACCAGAUUGCAGAGGUGGAGACAGAGACGGAGAGGGAAAGAGACUCUUCGUCCAGUGUUUCUUUCAUUCAGGGCUUGAGGCCAUGGAGAUGAAAUGGAAGAAGAUGGAAGAAGAAGAAGAAUAUGAGGAACAACGAAAGAAGGCACGAAGAGUCUCGGAAACAACAGGUACUUUCUUCUUUUCUUUACUUUCUCGGAGUAUUUUGGCUGAGACUGCACAUGAGGGUAAUGAGAGUGAUGAAGGGGAAUACGAAGAAGGGCCUGCUGAAAUUAUCUGUUGGGUAAGCGGGGUCUUGGAUCCAGAAGGCAGUGCAUCUGGAGAUGUUCUUACAUCAGUUAAAAGGGAAGGGCAUUGGGAUAAAAUGGAUUCUGAUCAGACCGCAUCCAGCAAUUUGGCGCUUAGUUCAUGGCAUGGCUGUUGUUUACCUUGUUGCUCUCGCAUUUUUGCUUUUUUAGUCCUAGUGAGUGGAGAGAAGGCACUUCAACUUGGAUUGCAAGUAAUUGCAAAGAUUAAGGGCUAUGCUGAUUCAGCUCAGGCACCUGAAUUCUUUACAACUGCUCCAGCCCUUGUGAUAACAAAAGCUAUUUCAAAUGCUGGUUUAGAUGCUUCUCAGAUUGAUUACUAUGAAAUAAAUGCAGCGUUUUCUGAAAGCCUUAACGUACAUGGUGGGGCUGUAUCAUUGGGACACCCAUUAGGAUGCAGUGGAGCUUGUAUCUUGGUCACUUUGUUAGGGGUAAUCUAUAAGCUUCCCUUCCCUUGCAAUGCAUUCCUAGUUUGA